AUGGCUACCUCAGACAGUGCCACAGCUACAGCGAUUGCUUUCAGAGCUUCAACUUUCUGCUCCCAGGACCCGUCUCUCUGUUUCUCCCUGUUAGAGUGCAGCUUCAUAGCAUCCAAGAUCACCAGCAGUCUCACCAAGUUCAACUACGCUUCUCUGCCGUCAUUUUUAUCGCUGCCACCACUGACAACCCCCUAUGAAGAGCUGAAGACCGCCCUUCUCAAGAGUCUGCAAUCUUCAGUUGACACUCGCCUGCGUGAGCUCCUCUCAAAGGAGGAAUUAGGUGAUGAGAAGCCUUCUCAACUCUUGUAUUGCAUGAAGCAACUACUUGGUGACAAGUACCACUCCUUCGAUGCUGAACUGUUGAAGCAGAUGUUCAACCAGCGGCUUCCUCCCACCAUACAACGCAGCCUCUUCAGCGUCAAGGACAAUCUGCACCCCGACGCCAUUGCUACGCUGGCAGACGACUACAUGGCUACCUUACCUCCCUCACAAGCCUCUUCAGUCUCUGCCGUCUCGUCUGGCUCGUCUCACAGCAGCCAGAUGACUCACCUCACUGAGCUCGUUUCACAGCUCACUACUGAAGCUGUUCAGCUCAAGCAGCAGCUUUGGGACAGCCCACGUUCUUGGUUGGUCAGUCUUCGCCGCCGCCAGCACCGUUCCCGCUCCAGCAGUCCUGGGUUGUGCUGGUACCACCAAAAGUUUGGCGAGAAAGUUCUCAAGUGCACUGCUCCCUGCACCACGACGUCAAACUCCAAAGGCGAGCAGUGA